AUGGGUGUUGGUCCUCAUUGUACUACUAGUCUGCUAAUAAUACUGGCCGUCGUCAUCACGUCGUCUUUGCUCACGACGACGAUCAAGGCAGAUGAGCCGAGCAAUGAUACCGACAUCGCCGCGCUGCUUGCCUUCAAGGCACAGUUCUCUGACCCUCUGGGUUUCCUCCGUGACGGCUGGAGGGAGGACAAUGCAUCCUGCUUCUGCCAGUGGAUCGGCGUGUCGUGCAGCCGCCGCCGGCAGCGCGUCACCGCCCUGGAGCUGCCGGGCAUUCCCCUGCAAGGGUCGAUCACCCCUCACCUCGGUAACCUCUCUUUCCUCUACGUCCUCAACCUCGCCAACACCAGCCUCACGGGGACACUCCCGGGUGUUAUAGGAAGGCUGCAUCGCCUGGAGCUCCUUGAUCUUGGCUACAAUGCCCUGUCAGGUAACAUCCCAGCCACCAUAGGAAACCUCACCAAACUUGAGCUUCUUAAUCUCGAGUUUAACCAGCUAUCUGGUCCAAUCCCAGCAGAGCUGCAGGGCCUGCGAAGCCUUGGCAGUAUGAAUCUCCGUAGGAACUAUCUCAGUGGCUUGAUUCCCAACAGUCUAUUCAACAACACCCCAUUGUUAGGUUAUCUCAGCAUUGGCAACAACAGCUUGUCAGGGCCAAUACCGCACGUGAUAUUCUCGUUGCACGUGCUGCAGGUCCUUGUUCUAGAGCACAAUCAAUUGUCCGGCUCACUGCCCCCAGCCAUCUUCAACAUGUCCAGACUUGAAAAGCUGUAUGCCACUCGAAACAAUCUCACUGGACCUAUCCCAUACCCAGCUGAAAACCAGACCUUGAUGAACAUCCCCAUGAUUCGGGUGAUGUGUCUCUCUUUCAACGGAUUCAUAGGCCGAAUUCCACCUGGGCUUGCGGCAUGCCGGAAACUCCAGAUGCUUGAGUUAGGUGGGAAUCUCUUGACGGAUCAUGUGCCGGAAUGGUUAGCGGGCUUGUCCCUGCUAAGCACCUUGGUUAUAGGUCAGAAUGAGCUUGUCGGUUCGAUCCCAGUUGUGCUAAGCAAUCUCACCAAGCUCACCGUGCUUGAUCUGUCAUCUUGCAAGCUAAGUGGAAUCAUUCCAUUGGAACUAGGAAAGAUGACACAACUCAACAUCUUGCACCUCUCAUUUAAUCGCCUAACUGGUCCUUUUCCUACCUCCCUUGGUAACUUGACAAAAUUAUCUUUUCUAGGAUUAGAAUCUAACCUGCUGACCGGACAAGUACCUGAGACCCUUGGGAACCUCAGGUCUCUAUACUCCCUUGGUAUUGGAAAGAAUCAUCUACAAGGGAAACUUCACUUCUUUGCCCUUCUCUCCAAUUGUAGGGAACUCCAAUUCCUCGACAUAGGAAUGAAUUCUUUCUCAGGGAGCAUUUCUGCGAGUUUACUAGCAAACCUCUCUAACAACUUACAAUAUUUUUAUGCAAAUGAUAACAACUUAACUGGCAGUAUUCCUGCUACCAUAUCAAAUCUGUCUAACCUGAAUGUAAUAGGCCUUUUUGACAACCAAAUAAGCGGCACAAUUCCAGAUUCUAUAAUGCUAAUGGAUAAUCUACAGGCAUUGGACCUCUCUAUAAACAAUUUGUUUGGACCAAUCCCAGGACAAAUUGGUACCCCAAAAGGAAUGGUCGCAUUAUCUCUCAGUGGCAACAAUCUUUCUAGUUACAUCCCUAACGGUGUUGGCAAUCUAAGCACGUUGCAGUACUGAUUUCUGUCAUAUAAUAGGUUGUCAUCAGUUAUACCCGCAAGCUUAGUUAAUCUUAGUAAUCUUCUCCAACUAGAUAUUUCUAAUAAUAACUUAACUGGUUCAUUGCCUUCUGAUCUCAGUUCCUUCAAAGUAAUAGGCCUAAUGGACAUCUCAGCAAAUAAUUUGGUCGGUAGCCUCCCAACUUCGUUGGGAUAGCUCCAACUGUCAAGCUACCUGAAUUUAUCUCAAAACACAUUCAAUGAUUCAAUUCCAGACUCUUUCAAAGGUCUAAUUAAUUUAGAAACAUUGGAUCUGUCUCAUAACAAUCUUUCAGGAGGCAUACCAAAAUACUUUUCCAACUUAACCUAUCUUACUUCUUUGAACCUCUCCUUUAACAAUCUACAAGGUCAGAUACCAAGUGGAGGUAUUUUUUCAAACAUCACUAUGCAAUCUUUAAUGGGAAAUGCUGGACUCUGUGGUGCUCCACGUCUGGGAUUUCCUGCAUGUCUGGAGAAGUCCGACUCGACUAGAACAAAACACUUGCUGAAGAUUGUGCUCCCUACUGUCAUUGUGGCGUUUGGUGCCAUUGUUGUGUUCCUAUACCUAAUGAUUGCAAAGAAAAUGAAAAAUCCAGAUAUUACGGCUUCUUUUGGCAUAGCAGAUGCGAUUUGCCACAGGCUAGUGUCCUACCAAGAAAUCGUUCGCGCUACCGAAAAUUUCAAUGAGGACAACCUACUUGGAGUUGGAAGUUUUGGCAAAGUUUUCAAGGGUCGGCUGGAUGACGGUUUGGUGGUUGCAAUCAAAAUCCUCAACAUGCAGGUUGAACGAGCUAUUAGGAGUUUUGAUGCAGAGUGCCAUGUCUUGCGGAUGGCCAGACAUCGCAACCUGAUAAAGAUACUAAAUACAUGUUCCAACUUGGAUUUCAGAGCACUGUUUCUUCAGUUCAUGCCCAAUGGAAACUUGGAGUCAUACUUGCACUCUGAAAGCAGGCCUUGUGUGGGAUCAUUCCUCAAAAGGAUGGAGAUUAUGCUAGAUGUGUCAAUGGCUAUGGAAUAUCUGCAUCAUGAACACCAUGAGGUUGUCCUGCAUUGUGAUUUGAAACCUAGCAACGUGCUAUUUGAUGAAGAGAUGACUGCACAUGUAGCAGACUUUGGCAUAGCAAAGAUGUUGUUAGGGGAUGACAAUUCAGCAGUUUCAGCAAGCAUGCUAGGCACAAUUGGGUACAUGGCACCAGGUACUUACACUAGCCAAUCUAAAGCCACAUACAUUUUUUGUUGGAGUUGUUACAAAUUCACUUCAAGAUAUUGGCCGGGCUUCUGACGAAGCGGAGCGGAGGCCCGUCGCCGGAGGCUUGGGCCGGAGCCAGUGGGUUGGUGUAUCGUGUAGCCGCCGCAGGUAACAUGCAUGGCUUCCUUGUGCCAGUGUUCGAGCUGGGCUUGCUCUGUUCGGCUGACUCCCCCGAGCAAAGGACGGCGAUGAGCGAUGUGGUCGUGACACUGAAGAAGAUUAGAAAGGACUAUGUCAAAUUGAUGGCAACCACCCGACCCGGCAAAAAAUUGAUGGCAACCACAGUAAGCGUUGUGCAGCAGUGAUUCAUCGCUCUAUCGUUGUAUAUGAGCGAAUGAAAUACAUAUCAUUUGCAUCAUUUUCUUCUUCUGCAUUAGGAAUAGCAUCAGUGAUCGAUUACCCUUUGUUUGUAUUUG